CUGGCGAGCAGUUUAACUUUACUCGCCGAGUGUAGUGUGGCCAAUCCGUUCCGUAGUCGAUCAUAGUACACAACAUAGUAGCCAUGGCAUUGUCGCUAUGCAGAACCCACGUCCUCAACACGACAGCCACCCGGCUUAGGGGCAGAAUUUUGGCCCGUGAAAUAUCGAAGGUGCUGGCAUGCAGAUACUCGACGAAACAGCGGACCAAAAUUUACGGCAGCGCGGACGAAGCGAUCGCCGACAUUCCGGACGGUGCAAAGUUGCUGGUCGGUGGGUUCGGGCUGUGUGGCAUCCCGGAGAAUCUGAUCGCCGCCCUCGUGAAGAAGCGCACGAAAGAUCUCACCGUCGUGUCCAACAAUGCCGGCGUGGACACGUUCGGGCUCGGACUCCUGCUGAAGGAAAGGCUUAUCAAGCGUAUGAUCGCCUCGUACGUUGGCGAGAAUGCUGAAUUCGAGCGACAGUAUCUUACGGGAGAGCUCGAGCUGGAACUGACGCCUCAAGGGACGCUAGCCGAGCGCAUCCGGGCCGGUGGCGCUGGCAUUCCGGCAUUCUUCACCCCUACCGCCUACGGAACGCUCGUGCACGAGGGGGGUUCUCCGAUCAAGUACGGUGCAGGUGGCACGGUAGCGAUCGCGAGUGAACCGCGUCAGAUGCAACUGUUCAACGGUAAGCCGUACAUCAUGGAGGAAGCCAUAACCGGUGAUUAUGCGCUGAUUAAGGCUCACGUUGCCGAUGAGGCGGGCAAUCUGAUGUUCAACAAAUCGGCCCGCAACUUUAAUCCGCCAAUGUGCAAGGCAGCGAAGGUGACAAUCGUCGAGGUGGAAGAAAUCGUCCCGGUCGGCCAGCUCGAUCCGGACCAGAUUCACAUGCCGAGCGUGUUUGUACAUCGCAUCAUCCGCGGGCCGUCAUACGAGAAACGCAUCGAACGGUUGCGGGUUCGGGACGUCAAGAAGUCCGCUUCGGUCGUUUCGUCGACGCCGGCCGCGAAAAUGCGCGAACGCAUCGUGAAGCGCGUCGCGAUGGAGUACCGUGACGGUAUGCACAUCAACCUCGGCAUCGGAAUCCCGGUGUUGUCGUCCAACUUCAUCCCCCAGGGAAUGACCGUGCUGCUGCAAUCGGAAAAUGGAAUUCUUGGGCUCGGUCCGUUCCCCGAGAAGCACGAGGUCGAUCCGGAUCUGAUUAAUGCGGGCAAGGAAACGGUCACCGUGCUACCGGGUGCUUCCUAUUUCUCCUCGGACGAUAGCUUUGCCAUGAUCCGCGGUGGACACAUCGAUAUUACUGUCCUCGGUGCAAUGGAAGUUUCACAGUACGGCGACCUAGCCAACUGGAUGAUUCCGGGUAAGCUGGUCAAGGGUAUGGGUGGCGCAAUGGAUCUGGUGGCAGCCCCUGGCACGAAGGUAAUCGUCACAAUGGAACACAACGCCAAGGAUGGUUCCCACAAAAUCUUGGCCAACUGUAACCUCCCAGUGACCGGUAAAAACUGCGUCGAUAUGAUCGUCACCGAGAAGGCCGUGUUUAACGUGGAUAAGGAACGAGGCCUCACGCUGGUGGAGCUGGCCGAGGACUGCACGGUGGAGGAGGUGAUCACUAGCACCGGGUGCGAGUUUUCCGUUUCGUCCGAUCUGAAGAAAAUGGCACAGGUUGACGAUGCGUGAUGACCGCGACCAGCAGAGAGCGGGCAGAAGGCUUUUCACUUGAGCAGAGUGGCAUUUAUCUGGCGAGAUCCUCCAACGUGUGCCAUCGGUGUGGUUGUCGGCGGCAGGAAACUGCGGCCCCCGGUUGUUCCCGUUUAUGGUUAAAGAUUGGAAAUGUGGCGCGUAUUGAUUUUAUGUUUGUUUUUCUAUUCUGAUCGCUUGUGAAUUUAACGGUUUAAAAACGUCGGGCAGUUUUGUUCGUUAAUUUGCUAGGUUUAUGUCAUACGUGACGCUAAAAGUAUCAAAGUCAAUAAAAAAGAAAAAAAAAAGGAAAAUAUGCACAAAAUGA